AUGCACCUCACCUUCUUCGCCGCCCUCGUAUGCAUGCAGUUUGAUGGUGUGCGACCGGCAGCCCUACGCCGGUGGGAGAUCGCGGAUCUCAUCUAUCAUUCAUACAAGCGGACAGACUUUAAGGCCUUUGAGGAGUACCCGGCAGACUUGUUUACGCCCCUGGCUGGACCCUUCUACCGAAAAUUAUCCAAACUGGCAGAGCCUGAAGCCUUGCACAUCGCCGUCAACGGAUUCCGGUCAGGCAGUCGAGGGGUGGUCAGUCACCUCUUUCCGGAUUAUCCCUGGAUAGAGAUGGGUAAAUUCAUCAUCUACGAAGUGAGUUCAGUAUGGACUGUUCUUUUCCGAAAUACACUAGUUGGACUAACUCACGAAAUGUCAACCGAAAUUCCGAAAUGCGUUCUCAUGUCGAAAAGAUUAAUCAAAGAAGGUUGGAAAAGUAAAAACACCAUGCAGCGUGAUUCUGUAAUAAGUCAGUUACCUCAGGAUGUUGGCUUUCGAAAAAACUUCUUUCCGGCUGCAUGCAAAACCCAUGCUCUGUAAAAGAGGACUACUUAAGUAGCAUGCAUUUUUCUCGUUUAUUUUCAAUGCCCCUAAAAGUUAAAUUAUAUUUCAUGGAAAACAUGCGCAAAAAUAUUCAUUUUUUGCUCAUUCAGCAGAAGAUGACGUCUUCUUCCAAGUUAAUACUCUAAGGAGGGUUAUAAUUCGGUUUUCAAAAAUUUAUCCAAUUCCCGAAUAAUUUUGAACACGAUUUACCGUUACACUUGCAUUCAGGGUUUCCAACCUACAAGCCGCGUACGGAAAACCAUACAUUUCUCUACAGUAUUAAGGGGGCACCAUAUGGGGUUAAUGUAAUUUGGCAGUGAAUUUGAGACAUAUUGUUAUCUAUAGAAGCCAUAAUGGUAAGUGCAGAGACACGGAGUUUUAUUAACUUGCAUUUAAGGGUCUUAAAAAUUCUUACAAUUAGAAGCUCUUUUAAAACCAAUUUAUACCCUUCUUUCGAGUAUGAAAUUGGAAGAUGAUAUUUUCUACUGAAUAAGUAAAAGAAUGAAUAUUUUUAUGCAUGCCUUCCAUGAAAUAUAAAUGGACAUUUAGGGGCAUCGAAAAUCAAUGAGAAAAGUGCAUACUAUUUAAGUAGUCCUUUUUAACCGAGCAUGGUGUUUUGCAUGCAGCCGGAGAGAAGAUCCUUCGAAAGGCGGCAUCCUGCGGUAACUGAAUUAUUACAGAAUUACGCUGCAAGACGAUUAGUUUUUUAACCUUCUUUAAUUAUUUUUUUCGAAACGCAAACGCAUUUUGGUUGACAUUUCAUGAGUUAGCCGACCUACUGUAACCCGCCACCACUAAAUGCUGGUAGAACCUCCGAGAGAUUCGGACGUCAUCGGGGUGCAAAGCGCUUUCAUGAACUUCGUAUAGAGCACAUGAAACAGUGGGGUAAUAGACUGCUGGAGGCUAACGAACGCAUCUUCACUUGCCACAACAAGUGGCGCCGAGAAUUCUAUCAGUUAACAGUUGGAUGCAUGGGCUUAGAAACGUACAUCCACUAUGGGCUAUGGCAUAGGAACUACCGCACCUAACUCAGCGUUACGAACAUAGACAAAGUCUGUCCGCUUUUCGUUCCCAUAAUUUUAGUAUUCAAGUAGCCAGUUUUUUAAUUUCUAAAUAGUUUUCAUGGGCGAUGUUUUCUGUAGGGCAUGAAAAAAGCCAAUACGCGACAAUCGAUUUAAUACGAUUCAGUCCGAAUAAUGAGCAGUGCUCAGGAUAUCGCCGCGCCAACUUGGGGACUUUUGAGGUUUUUAUAUAAAAGCAAUGAUAGUAGAACCCAAAGGUCUUCUAACCAGCACAUGCCUCAUUUGCCUCUAUUGCAGUUGUCUACCAGGCGGCACUGUGGAUGGCUGUUUUUCAUUCCUGAUAGUCAGUGUAAAUAUAAAGUCAUUACUAUAAAAUAAUUUGUGGUCGGAAGUAUUGAAUGAAAAGACUGCCUCGUCAAGCAUGUGUGAGUUUGUUAUCAGAAACAUAAUCACAAAAGUAGCAUGCCAAAAGCCUACGUUCGCCCUUCACAUGCUUAAUGCUUUUCCGGUCGGUGUUCAAAGCCUGCAACCUCUGUUCUAAUAUAUAAAUAACUUACUUUAUAAGACAUCUAAUAAGGAUUUUGCGGUGGAGGGGUGUUCGCCUAACGGGCUAUUGAACUUGCUCGCCCCUGAUAUUCAGUGGCCGCGUGACUCAAGUUCGGACCCCAGGUGGUCCAGGUUUGGGGUUGGGUAUGGCUAGCUGACGGUUGCUAACAAGUCGGAAACGGUCAUCACACUCUCCAUGGCAUUUGUCGACACUAACUUCUCUGAGUCAAUAUUCCAGAGCAUUUGCUGCUGAAAUUUCGGUUUUUACGAAUAAAAAGCCGUUGUCCGUAGCACAACAAUGCAAUUUGUCAGACAUUAAAUAAGCUUCAUAGACGUUUUCGUAUAAGGAUAAGUCCACUUAGGCAAACAUUCAGACUUUCUCUCUCUCUCAAAUGAUGUAAAAAAUUCAGUUAUAUAUCAUUUGUCGGUUUUUAAAACAAAUUCCGACCUAAAGGCAAUUGCAUCGGUAAUCAAAAACAAAGGAAUAACUCCCGCCACUUGCGUCCUCCCCUAGUGUUCCACUCUCAACUCAAAUCAUUUGUCCACUCGGGUUGAAGCCCCUGACAGCGUUCGCAUAUGUUUAUGCAACAACUCCGACUGCUAUUUCGGAAACCAUUGUAUUACUAAUUUUAUUUUCAUGCAAGACUAGUUAAUGAGUCAGUAAUACUCCCUACAAGUCCUGCCUUUUUGUGGGACUGUCUAUGCACAUUCCGGCGUAUAGCUUCGAUUUAUGCAUUUAGCUGACGGCCUCAGGAAGACGAGUAAUCGAAAAAAAACGAUUUGACCGUCAAGGUCUAGGAAACUGCUGAAAUCCAGUACUGCCUUUAGCACGGUGAAAAACGAUGACAGCAAAUAAGACAGAAGUGAAAUAAAUGGUUUCGCACUGAUACCUUUCUCUGGCUUAACAGCCGUCUACAUUUGGAUCAAUUAAACCAGCUGUGUGCAGAGUGCCAUUGAUGUAAUAUAAAUCGGCGAACUAGAAUGACGCAUCAUUUAAUUCACUUUUUGGUCAUCAGAAAGGUGCGUUUUGUCACCUUCAAAUGGAUGCAAUGUAGGAGGACAGUCUUCAGUUAAUGAAUCUCACAGGACUCAGCGACCUCGCAUUUACAGUCCCCUAUGCGUGCUGACACUGUAGUACUGUGUGAAUGAAGUUAAGUGGUCAGACCAGUGUAAUUCGAAACCUGGCAAUCGCGGCUUGAGAUAAGGUUUGAGCAAGUCCUUGAAACAACUAAGCUACCAACAGCGGUCUGAAUGCUUCAAAUUUCUGGGACAAGUCCGAAUGGACCAUGGAUGUACUGGUGUGUGUGUGUGUGUUUGGCCCCCAAAAACGGGCCACAUGGUGGAUGCGCUGGACCAAUACGUGGGUCAUGUCGGAUUCCGGCAGGCAUUAUCGGGGUGCGAUGGAAGACCCGGUUGCCGCAGACCUCUGCCGUCCCGAUUCUUGUUGUUUUUGUUGAGCAAAAACCUAGUCAUUUGUUGUAAGGACCAGGGGGUAUGGAGUGAAGCGCCAGAGUGUGAGCUCGACCAUGCCAUCCACCUACGUCCUCCUCUGCCUCCGAUCUUCUUGACUCUGUCUGCACACCGGAUCCAGGUAGGGGAGGCGGGAGUGCGGUAGAUGCUGCGCAAGUCUACCCUCACUAUAAACUAAUUUGUGGCACAAGUCACCGUCCCUGCUCCCGCCCUGCUGUGGAGCAUACGGUGGACAUCGUCAGAUGCGACUGUGCGGUGUGUUAAAGACGCCUCUGAAGUGCCGGUUCGGAGUCCCACUGUAAAAAUGCAUUGUCUGAGAAAAACAGUGGCACAGCGCCUUUGGCCUGAAGACCGCAUACAGCUUUAAUGGUCGAAGAGAUGUUUAUCAUCUCAUCGCAGUCUCUGUAUCCAUAGGUUUCUUAGUCCAUGCCUUUAAUUUUCCAUCUACCUCGGGUUCAGCAUCGGAAAAAUUCGAGUUUGAUGGAGUCGGUCCUGGGCAAUUGAGUCAUGUGCAGUUUUUUUGCUCCGGAGAGUAGACAACGGAUAUCGUUGUAGUUAUCUUCAAGUCCACGUAUGCAAUCGAGGACUUCCGGAGCUGUGACGGACAUGUUAUACCUCGCGUCUUGGUGAUUAGAAGGUUGGCUUCCUUGCAGAUCGGCAAAAAAGGACGUUAUUGCUGCAGCUACCAAGGCCGCCACGGCCGCGGCCGUCGCCUCCCGGGGCGCGUGAUUUGUGCGCGUGGGAGCGCUCUAGCCACCGAGGCUGAUCUGUUUGGUCGCCUACGACGCGGCGCGGGGAAUCGCGUGAGAUUUUCGAAGAACGUAUCCUUUACAUCAACUUGAUCGUCCAUCUAUACGUGAGCGAAAAUUCCCGGACGUCAGAGGGAGCGCGCUUACUCCAGCACAGUGCGGACAAGUCCGGCAAUAGUAGCGGGAGUUGUUAUUUUUUCGCGCGUUGAUCGACUGCGCAUUUUUGCUUCCAAAGGCCAUAGUCAGCUUGCCGACAACAUAAAGACACUUUUGAGGCACUUUCCUAGAGCUUGCAUUGGCGUUAUCCUGAGCCCUUCUUUGGUGAACAGGUAGUGGUCCUACUCCUGGCGCCUACCGCAACGCUGCCCCCACCGCGAGUACUUGCACGUGCGCACCAGCGGCAGUCUGAUUCUCGGCCAAUCAGGGCUGAGCAAACCGGCCAAUCAUCUCCAAGGUUGACUCAUUCCCAUUGUUACUCUGGUCGCCGUUCUGACGCCGACGGGCAUCGAACUCAACUAAACAUGCAGAUUGGUAUUACCAACAAAGACAAGGAAGACUGGAAUGGCCAGUUCUGGCUCAUUAGUCGUCGUCGUCAGCCAGUCAUACCCAACCCCGAGGUGUAGAACACCGGGGCUCGAUCCCGCGACCUGUUAGUUAGAAGUCCAACGCCUCUAACCACUGAGCCACGGGAUCGUUGACCUGCCGGUUUCAAUCGGGAAUGUAUAAUGGUAAAGAGGCGCCCACCGGUCGUUUUUACAAAACUCACCCGUCCCGUUAUGUCUUAUGACGUCUAAUGAACCGGAAAUGGUCAUUUAAGUCUCCCUUGUCUUUGUCAGUAAUGCCAUUCUGCCUAUAUCAUGCGCCGCUGUGCGGCUGCUGGUUGAGCUCGAGAGAGAGCCCAUAAGGCACAACGGGACGAGUGAGUUCCGUAAAAAACGAUCGGUCAGCGCCUCUCUACCACUGUACAUUCCUGAUCGAAACCGGCAGGUCAGCCAUCCCGUGGCUCAGUGGUUAGAGGCGUUGGACUUCUAACUAACAGGUCGCGGGAUCGAGACCCAGGUGUUCUACACUUCGGGGUUGGGUAUGACUGGCUGACGACGGCUAAUGAGCCAGAACUGGCCAUUCCAGUCUCCCUUGUCAUUAUCAUUAACAUUCAACGUUGUCACUUGAUGCGUGGACCAGCGGGAGUGGAGUGGCACGCCAAGCUGCGGGCUCCACGCGCCAUCCACUUGCGCCCCCCCUCCGACUUCGGUCCUUUUGACUCUGUCUUGACACCGGCUCCAAGUAGGCAGCGGGAAAGUCAGAGUGCGAUAGAUGCUUCGCAAGUCUAAUAUCAGUAUGAACAAAGUCACACGCAAGUCACCUUGUCUGCCGCACCUUGCAGUGUAGCUCAUGAUGGACGGUAGAACUGUCGUAGCGCAUUCCCCAGUGCUACUCGGGUCACCGUUGUCACGCCGACGGGGGGGUUCUCUCGUCCAGCGGCCAGCUUGUUUUAACUGGUUCCCUAAUCUUUCUGUGCAGAAAGCAUUACCCUCUCAGCUGCAGUCCAACAUCUCUUCUUUCUACUCGGGACUAAUCUAGAAGACCGUAGUGGCUACGUCCUGCCUACGGCCUCAGCAGCCGCGACAACCUCUCCCCGGAAGGCGCAGCGUUCCUAAAUUUGAUUCCCUAGCUAGUCUGCGUAGCUGUUGAACUUCGGCUCGGACCACGACUUUGGUACAGCGGAAAGACUAUCCGCAUUAACCUAUGGGAUUGCCGUAGGACACUUUUGCUAUGGUGGGGAGAGGAGUGGGGGUGUUGGUGCAGGGACUAGCGCAUGUAGUAACACAUACACACCGAAUACCCUCAUCUGGUUUAGCCCGCCUGUCAAAUAUGGUUGACGAAGUGUGGUCGCUGGUUCGUGGGCCUUCAGCUCUGUUCCAAGACGUAGUGGGACAAAGUAGAAAUACCCCCCCCUCUCCAGGUUCUGCGAUAGGUCAUCAUUAUUAGUCAAUGUCAGUAUUCCGAAUCAGUAGCUUGUGAAAAUGCCCAAUUGAUGAUGAAACUCAUGUCUACACAGCUGGGCAAUUUUACGGGGCAUAUUUUUGAUUAUGUUUUAGUUCUUCAGUUGAUUAAACGUAUUAACAGUAUACUUGUUAACUUCACCAUAAUUUGAUCUAGCUGUAGUACGACAUCGGCUUUGCUAACCUUUGGAUUUUGUUUCAACCGUACUUAGGAGCACGGGCUGACAACUAUGCAUACAAUCGCCGAAGCACUGCCAGCUUAUUUAUUGGCUGAUGAUCUCCUACAUAAGUACGUCCGAGAUGUGAAUACUCCCGUCUUCCUUACGGACGACGACAUACGUCUGGAGGAACCAGGUAGACGGACAAACGUCUCAAAGGCUGAAUUCACGCCAGAACAAGUUAUCGCCUACACAGAGCUGCAGCGACCCAGAUACUUUCUGGCCUUCUUCGUAGACAUCUACCGUAUUGCCUACUAUCUUACGUCUCGGUGCAAAAAUUCAGGUAGUCGCAGUUUGCUAAGUGCAUGCACAUUAUCGAAGUCUGAAAUACGAAAGGGAUGUAGGACCAAAUACAAAAAGUCGGAAUCCUUUAUUUCCAUAAACCUACAGGUAGGACCUCGUUUAUGAUACUCAUGUUAAGGGUGCUAAAGAGUAGUUCUGACCUAGCAGUGAACAGCAAACAGUUGUAUUAGAGACCCUACGGGCGAUAACACCAUACUGAGUGUCAAUUCAAAAUAGAGGUUCAGUGAACGUGUCCAGAAUCGGACAUGGUCUCAAUAUCAGCGACCCAUUAGUCGAUAAGUACGUCCUUAGGACAUCUGUUACCCGUCAUAGUCCGAACUGUUGGUAAAUUAUAGUAAAUUUAGCGGAUGCAGCUGUAGGCAUCUGUAUAGCAAAAGACGCUCCCCUCGAUAAAAUCGCCACAUGGCUUUUGGCGACGACGGCGUUCGUUGAGUUUCCAGAUGUCACUGAAUCCUAGAGAGGAAUACACAUCUCUUAUUGUUCUCAGUCAGCCGUCAAAUAAACGUGGAAUCACUAAUUUUGUCUAUCAAAACCUUCGAAAUGAAAUAAUUCUUUAGAGCGUUCGUAUAAUCAAUGAGUUCUCAGGCAUCUGACUUUAUGCAGACGACUGCUUACGUCUCAUUUGUAGGCUCGACUAAACAUAUAACUAAAUCACCAAAGAAAAUUAUCGUUAGUAACAAAGGCGUACGAUGGAGAUCUUCUAGUAAAUUAAAAUAAUAUUAUCUAAUAAGUAAACUUUUCGAAGUUGCCUUAAUAGGAUAUCCCACUGAUGAGUGUUCACGUCCUCCAUAUAUCCCAAAAUUUAUUCAACAAAUGAACGGGAAAAUUUCGUGCGAUCACGUGGUGAGUUAAGAGGUACAGACGGUUUUUCUAAUGCAGACAAACACCCAUUUAUCAUUAUAAAUGCAUCACUAUGGAGUGGCACACACCAAAUUGAUAAUGGCGCAACAGUUCUGUUCCUAAAUUACGUAUUAACAGAAACUUGACCGCAAAAAUUGCCCUGUCAUGUGCUUAAAAGUCUGCAUGGCAAAAGAUUGUGGGUUGUCUGGCGAUUAUUUGUGGAAUAUUUGCAUGCCCUAUGAAAAUACGGGUGCGCUAAAAAUAAAAAAAUGGUCUAUAAGCCUUAUCGGUGCUUUUUAGAGCAAAAAAAACCAAUUGUAGUUUUUAGUGAAAAAUAAAUUUACGUUCCCAAAAAAUUAGCGUGCAUUCUUACAUCCUGCUUUACCUGAUUUAUGCGAGAUAAAAUCAGUUCUUGAGUAGACGAAUUUUGUUUUGGCAAAAAAUCUCUGUUUGGAUUAGUGUUCUAUAAUAGAAAAACACGCACUAAUGCACUGAUGUGGUCAGGACAACUAUUAGCAUAUAAAAUUGCGAAAACCUAGCGUGGCGUUAAUUUCCAAAACUUGCAAAACCAUCGUGAAAAGAAAAAUACUUAGAAACCUAUUCAGUAUGAGAAAAAAGAUAUUUACGGAUGAAUAAGCAAAAUGCGAACGUUGGAGGUGAUCGAAAAUAAUUAUGUAGAUUUCAGUUAUCAUGUCUCCUUAAUCACGUCACCAAAAGCAGGAAAACUCAGAACCAAAAAGUCUCACUAGGUAAAAGAGUCAAAAAAUGGUUCCUGAUGCUACAUCCUUCACCUUUCACAGUCACACCUAUCGGCUGUUCGAAGCAGCUUCCCCUCACCCUCCGAAGCCUUAUUGAGCCACGUUUUACUUUGCGUUUGCAUUUAAACCUGUUAUGCCUGGAGGACUGACGAUUAUAUGGAUAAGACGCCAGACGGGGACUAGGUCGAUGCGAUUCUCAGCACUCAGCGGUGAAGCAUCCGGCGUAAAUAUGGGAGGCUGGCGUUUCUAAACUGGUGGUUUUCAGACUCCUUUUCUUCAUAUUUCUGUGAUAACUUGCUUUUUCCCCAUUCAAAAUUUUAAAUAUUUUCCUGCUUUUUCCGCGGCCUAAGAAAAAAGACAAUUACCGCGGAAACACGCACAUGAAGUGACCAUUCAUGAAGUCAGGGUAAUUGACAUUUUGGGAGAAAAUAGUUGAUCAGCCGAGCCACAUAUUUUACUAAACAGACGAAAAAGAUGACAUUCUUGUGUUAUCGUUUCUGGUCCGAGCUUACCCAGGAGAUUUUUACUGUCGCUGGAUGAAUGUCAAAUGCUCCGAAAGGUGCAGAUUUAAAUGCCCGAUUAAACAAAUCAACUUCCUCUAUGCCCAUAUCUUCGUAAGCUGUUUUCAGGGCUAGGGAAUAUCAAAGUCUUAAACAGGGAAAAGUAUGCGUUUACAGAACGGCCUUCACGCUAAUAAUAUCGUACCCAUCGCAGGAUGCUAUUUAAAUAACCGAAAUGGAAGGAUGUAGAAAUUCCUCGUUUAUUGUCCAUCGAAAAGAAUCUCCCCAGGACUUAUACCGACGUCAAUAAUUGCACGCAUCACAGAUGACGAAAUGUAGCACGACAAAGGCUGAGUGAGAUUCAGAGUUAAUGGGUUCCAGGGAUAUUACGACAGAGGUGUUGGGAAGGAUUUCUUCACAAAAUAAAAAUAAUCCUCCCUCUCAAAGCCAGGGGGACAGCUCCAUUGGUCGGCUAAAAUAGAACACCCUUAUUACUGGAGGUCCUAGAUUCUAGAGCGCUGAACGGAGUAUUUCCUGGGACUCCUCGACCAACCAUCUGUAAUCUGUGAAGAAAACGUCAACCGACUUCUUUAAUUGGACACCAAUAAGGACCUCAGAGGCGCGACGUUGUCCAAUGGGAAAGCACAGGACGUCGAGGGAACCCCAAAAUUAUUAUUAGAUACGUUGCUCCCCCCAAUAACCGGCAGGGUUACAUAAAUGCUCGAGGAAAUGUGCCUGGGUCCUACUGAACCAACUGACCACGCAUUUGGAGGCAAAAAACCUUUCCGGGAACAAAUGGGAGGAUUGGAGAGACACUGGGGAACUACUGAUCCGGUCACUAUCGCCAGAAUGGGUGGUCCAGCCUCUAUACCACUUCGUGGAUCUGAUGCAGGUCUUGGACACAGUGACCCAAGGUGAACUCUGGGGAAUCGUGCUGAAAUUCGGAUGUCCGAAGUGAUUCACGCAAACUGUCUAAUAACAACAGAACGGGAUGUUGACCCACGUGGCGGACGAAGAAGCAGUCUGUAAAGCAUUCGCGGUGAUAAACUGGAUGAAGCAGGGUUGUGCACACACUCCCGCCCUAUUCCAUCUCGUGUUCUCCGCCAUCCUGACGUACGCCUACCGUGAGGAGCCACCGGGGAUCAACGUCGGCUACAGGAUUACUAGACAGUCUCCAGCGCCAGCGUCUACGUCUUCUUAUUUGCGGGUGGCUGCAGGCACGCCUAGGCUGCACACGAAACUACUUCUUUACAAUACCUCUAGAGAAUAUGUCGUGCACAAAUCCUGUACUGUGCAUACAAUCCACCUUGUCGAUGCGGAUUUGGUCGUCUAAACUUCGCAUGUAAGAACUUACACGGACCACUUAAGUGGGAAGCAUGUACCUCCUUGUAUCCAUGAAAAUCUGAAGUGUGAACCAGAUCGCGCGCGGCACCCUUAGCUUCGUCUGCUACUGCACGCAAUAUCAUCACCGUCUGACUAAUAGACUCCAACUGUCGACUGGCACAUGCGAAUGUGAGCGAGAGAGAGCGAGUGAGAGGACGUCAAGGAUAGCACACACCAAAGGUAAGGGAGCACUGGGAAUAGAUCCUGACCAAGAUCGUUGCGAAUAGAGUCGGUAACACGUUACAAUGCUUAUCAAUAGGAAAGAGAAGGCGAAACAUUAGGCAUGCACAAACGUAGCUCAAUUAUACUUCAUGGAAAACAUGCAUAAAAAUAGUCAUUCUUUUACUCAUUCGGUAGAAAAUUACGUCUACUUCACAUUUUAUACACGAAAGAAAGGUAUAAUAAGGUGUUAAAAGUGUCUACUUAUGAGAUUUUUUAAUUCCGUGAAAUGGCCGUUCAUAAAACGCCAUGUCUCUGCAUUUACCAGUAUGGCUUGUAACGUUAACGAUAUGGCCCAAAUCCCCUGAAAAAGGUUAUUAACCCUUAUAUGGUCUCCUAUUAAUACCGUAGAGAAAUGUAUGGUUUUCUGUACGCAGAAAAUAUAUGAUUUGUAAUUUGAAAACCCUGAAUAAAGGUGCAACGGUAGGUCGGGUUCAGUAUUAUUCGGAAAUUUGAAAAGUACUGGAAAACUUAAUUAUACCCUUCCUUCGAGUAUAACAAUUAAAGAAGACGUAAUUGUCUACCAAAUGAUUAAAAGAAUGAUUAAUCCUAUGCAUGCUUUCCAUGACAUAUAAUUGAAUUUUUUAAGGGCAUUGAACAUCAAUGAGAAAAAGUCAUGCUACACAAAUAGUCAUUCCUUGCAGGGUGUGGUUCUUGCAUGCGGUCGGUAAGAUAUUCCGUCGAAAACCAGCAUCCCAAAUUAACUGAAGUAUUACGGAACUAUGCAGCAUGUUGAUUAAUUUUGAAACCCUAUUUAGGCAUUCUUUUCGAAACAAAAACGCAUCUCAGAAUGUUUGCCAACAUUUCAUUAGCUAGCACAUUUACUGUAUUUAGUAGUAGUUAAUUGUACAAACGGGAUGAUAUACGGCAAGAGAGUGACCUAUCUAGAUGGUGAGGCGACAAUGACAUGUCUGCUUAACAACCAACGCUGUUAGCAACUGCAGGGGUGGGCCGAGGGAGGUGCCGACGUAGAGAGAGAGAGAGAGAGAGAGAGAGAGAGGCACACGUCACGGCGAGUUAAGAGAAUAGGGUCGGCGGCAGGGCCCUGACUAUUUUAACCAAAAUGCAAUUACACUAUCGCCAUCCUAGGUCCGCGCCGGAGGUGUCUCAUUGUUCAAACAACAGCUCGUGGGGUGUUACAUAGCUCCCUCCUGCGAUGCAGCGCUGCCACAGCGCUGUUGGAGUUGGUGCUUGGAAGGAGACGAGGAGUGUGCUCCUCACGGCAUGCCAGCGCAAAGGUCACUAAUAAUAAGAUGAAAGCGUUGGAAUCCAGCAUGACACGCUAAUAGUCGUGGUUCGGAUGUCUGUCAACUGAGGACAUAAUUCGGCCACUCUCAGGACUGAAGGUCGGGCUGUAAGGACACCUUUAAAACGCGACUUUGACAAAACUCUCACCUAUGUGAACUCUGAACCACUCUUGAUAUGGUCUGGGAAAUCCGCAUUUGGAACUGGGUCGCAUGUGGCAUGAGAAGACGACCUGCCGAACUUCACCGGUAAUUUCUUCGGCACCCACCUCUGUUCGUCUCUACACUGUCUUGCGGUCGAAGCAAGAGAAUGUACAGUGUGUGGUCGAUCUCAUGAAAUGCUGGCCAAAAUUGUAAAAAGCGUUUCCGAUUAGGAAGGAUUACUUAAGUGGGGUUGUUAUACUGAUUCUUAUGCAGCAUAACCCUAGAACAUCUCCGACUUGUCAGGAUAUCGGCUUUCGAAUGCGCUUCUCUUUGACCUCGUGCAGAAAUCACAGUCGGUAAAAAGUAACUACUUAAGUAGCAUGCAAUUUCCUCAUUGAUUUUUGAUGGUCUUAUAAAUUCAAAUAUAUUUCAUAGAAAACAUGCACAAUAUAUACCUUCUUUUGCUCAUUUGGUACAAAAUCACUUUGUCUUCAUAUUUUAUACCCGACGAAAAUGUAUAUUUAGGAUUUAAAAAAGUUUCCAAAUUCCCGAAUAAUUUUCGGCCUGAUCUGCCAUCGCAUUAGCGUUUAAGGAUUAUAGUCUACAGGGAUCAUGCUUUCUGCGUAAGGAAAAUCGUAUAUUCCACUAUGUUUUUAAGAAGAUACCACAUAGAGUUCAUGAAAUUUCACAAUGGAGUCGGACUGUGUUGCACAUUUCAUGAAGAGCAUUAUUAAACGGACAUGUGCGUUAAUUAUGAUAGUGGGCGCUCACCGAUCAGGUUACAGAACAUGCUCGUUCCGUUGUCCCUUGGGGCUCAUACUAGAACCCUCGCAGGCAGUCGCACAGCGACUAGUAGUAGAUAUAGAUGAGACAUGUGCGUUUGUACAUGCAUGGACAUUGCACGGUCUUAAAAAUCUCAUAGGUAUAAACUUUUUAAGACCUACAUAUACACUUUCUUCGGGUAUAAAAUGUGUAGGUAAUGCGAUUUCCUUCUUUGUGCAUGGUUUCUGUAAAAUAUAUUUGAAUUUAUGAGACCAUCGAAAAUAAAUGGGAAAAAUGCAUGCUACUUAAGUAGUCAUCUUUUACUGAGUGUGGUUUCUGCAAGAGGUCAAGAAGAAGCGCAUUCAAAAGCCGAUAUCCUGGCAAGUCCGAAAUGUUAUAGGGUUGUGUUGCAUGAUAAUCAGUGUAACAACCCCACUUUAGUACUCCUUCCUAAUCUGAAAUGCAUUCAGAAUUUUGGCCAACAUUUCAUGAGAUCGGUCACGCACUGUAGUAUGCGGGGGACAAUCUUACGUCAUUGUAAUCUAUUGCACGGGCAAGCCACUUUGUGCGGCACACGUGGACUUUGUUGCUUGCCACGGUCGAACUGCAAUCACUGUCGCGUCAGUGCGGGCUUGGCGCGUUAAAGUUGCGCGUAGGUGGGCUGACUUCCUGAAUGUAAAAUGAAAUCUGUUGAGUGUCCGUCGGUCAGUAGGUUUUUUAUAAAGUCUGGUUGAUUUGCUGUAUGGGUUCUUGUUGGUAAGAUGGAGCGAUCCUGAUCUGUAUGAGUCCCAAAGCCAAAAAGGUGCCCAUUGUAAACUCCCAGAGGUAAAGCUACUUUUAUAAAUUAACUUUGACAGAGUUUAUAUAACGGCUUUAAAAUUCUUGAGGAGUUUUCUAAGCCGGAAACUGUUGCGAACGCGGAUAAAAAUUAAAUACUUUGGAGUGUCGCUGGAUACUGACUCGUGGUAGUAAUUUAAGCAUUAUUAUUUCUCCUGUAUAAUUAAGGCACACAUCGACUACCUGUGAUAAUAUUUUCACAACUGAUUCAGCUUCAGUGCGACUCUCCUUUGCACGAAUGAAUGCGAAUUUGAGACAUCUGGAUGCUACACAAAUUUGCAUUACUCAUUUUCAGCCCAAUACGCCCACCGGAAAGACGAUUGCGCAUCCUUCUUCUUCAGUUAUUCGCACCUGCUUGCGACUUAUACACAGGUUAUCUGCAGUUACUUGGGGGCGGACAGUGAGCUGGACGUGGAUGGCAUUUGUCCUAAUCUCUGUCAAGUGCGGGAUGCCCCUCUGUGGGAGGCGGUCGCGAUGUCCAACUCCUCGCUAAGACUGAGCUACCUUCAGUUGCCUACUGUUCACGAGGCGGUUGAUGUCUGUGCGCAGAUUCCGUUCGCGGUGCCUGGAACAUGCAGACUUCGCGGAAAGGGAAUAUUUGAUCACGAGUUCACGUAAGAAUGUUGAAUUGUGAUUUGCUUUUACCUCCGAAUACCUACUCGGGGGUGGGGGAUCUAUUAACGCAGUCAACUGUUGAGGUGUUCGCUGCCACAAAACACUUUUCACAGAACACAAGACUGCUUUUGUAGUAAUAAGCAUGAAAUUUACCAAGGUUUCUUUGAAAGUAAUGCGUUGAAAAGAAUGCGUGCAGAGAUGCUUAACUCACAUGUUCUUUCAGCGUGACGGGUUACCUUGCGCGAAAACGCAAUACUUCACUGCACUGUUUAAUGCCCUUUGGUUUGAUUAAUCAUUUGAAUUGACUUACCUUUUUGCAUGGUAGAAAGGAAUAUUUCGGUUUCCAAAAAUAGAUAACUCGUAAAUUACAUCAGAUAUUUCCUCUGGUACCUAACAUUCGUACUGACCUUUUGCAUGCGUAUUUACUCACUUCAAUGAAAUAAGUUUUACAUGACAGCUUCAACGAACCCUCUAGGAAGCCGUGUGAGUUCAAAAGUCAACGAUUAUGCUGGAAGGAAAACCGACGCAGACGAGGUAGACUGGAAUGUUUAUUCUUAGCUUACUGGUCGUGGUACACCACCUAUAUCUAAAUCCAGGUUUUUGAAACACUUGCGCUUCGAGCCAAGGAUAUUUGGUUAAUGAGUUAAACGUGCCCCGGUUAGAAUUCCAGAUGUUCCAAAGACAUGUGAAUGAAUGCGGUUGGUUUAUGAUGGCUCAUAAGACAGAAAUGGUCGUUCCAGUCACCGUAGUCCUUGUCAGUAUCGCUUUCAUAGCCACAAUGAAACUGUCUGUUGAUCGCACACCCGAUUUCCACAUAAAUAUUGAUUAUGCUUAAAGUGCUAUGCGAGUUGUCGAUCAUGUGAAUACUUCGAUAUUUCCGGACAGCACAUUUCUUGAAUAUUUAAUUUGCGUAAAAAUUUUAUACAGAACGGAACUCCCGGCAUUCUUUGGGGAGAGCAAUAGCAUAUGCUUCUAGUGCUUUUGAAUGUAAGUGGAAACAAUGCAAGAAACAGAUUUUGGCCAGUUUUUACGAGAAGUACAAACAUCAUCUAAUUGGGAAUAUUUGCAUUCGAAGCCGACAUAAAUUACUCUUGUAAUUUAUUUUCGUUUACUUUCCACAUCCAUUAAUGUCAUAGAUAUACUUAAAUGUUCCUAUCUUUCGAAAGCCUAAAACCUAGGUAAAGUUGCACCUUCCGAUGAUUCAGCUGGAAGCAUCACAUCACGCUCUCUGUGUUAUUUGUCGGUCUCUUACCGAUCACACCUCACGUGUGAUGCUUCAAAACGAUUUUAGAGUGUUGGCACGUAAUUUGGCCAACAUUUUCUUUUCAGCCGCUGGUAUGUUAUCCCUGCAGAAUUCUCUUAAGUUUUGGCAUUCCUGCCCUAAUAAUUUAUGUUUUAGGUGCCUCACAUAACUGGGUAUUUUUUGCGGAUUAUUGACCUGUGAGACUUUCACCGACCUCCGUCAUCUCGACACGCAAAGUUAAUUUUUAUUAUAUGGUCAAAUUUCGUACACGAUAUUAAUGUACAUUUUGGUGCGUAAGGGGUCUGUCAACGGCGACUGCAUUGAGCACUGCAGUACCCUGUUAGCAGAUUAGAAAAUCGACUGUUAUUCUUAAAUGCCUUUCUGUGUAUAACGUUUAUCCAUCGAUCAGUUGGUGUUACUUUCAACAGAUGAAAUUUUCCACCACAAGAACCAAUAUCUUCUCUCGGCCUUCUACAGCACUGUCGGACACCGUAUGCGAUCGGAGUUGGCCGGUUCUUAGAGAUUCCGUGUAAACAAAUAGCCAGACAAAUUUAAAAUGUACUUUAGCAGUCACAUGUACUAGCGAGACGCCUCACAGUCAUUCUUAUGAUUCACGCUGCCCUCGACAGAUCACUCAGAGAAUGCGAAUAAACAAUGAACAAAGCGUCCAGUAGUUUAGUGAACUGGAUUUCAUUCGCGCAUCUUGUCAUUUGGUCUUUUAAUUCGACCUGCAUCAAGGCUGACCAAGUGGCACCUCAAUGUUUACUGUGUACGUGGGAGAAAUCAGUAAAAGUUGAGAAUACGCGUUUUGUUGGCUGAUAUCUGGGACACUUGGACCCAAUAAAUGCAGUUUCUUUCCAACGGAAAUAUCAUAAAUGGACUUAUCAGUAUUAAUUUCUCUUAAGAGUCCUGGGUACAUUUCCACCCCAAACAGACUGUGCUUAGGACGGGGACGACAUUAGCGCAUGGCACCCGUUAGGCGGACUAUGAGGAGUCGGUGUGUGUUCGGAACUGUUGUCCUUUGCAAAUAUGUCAGGAGUUUAAUGGGAACUCAAAAGUAGCUACAGAUCAAUAACGGAGUUAGAGAGGCGAAUGAUACACCAGGAAGGGAAGAUAAAGAGGUGUGGGAUGAUCGCGGAAACUCCUUCUUAACGUGAUUCACUCCACAUGGCGCUCCCAUUUGCGUAGGUCACAAGAUUCCUUUAGACAAAGUCCGGCGCAAAUGGAGGCGGGAAUUAGGUCGUGUGUGGCGCGCGUAGACAGGUUUUUAUCCUUGCCAGUCACAUCACUCACGCCUAUCCUCAGCCGUCUUGACUUUUCGUCUUCACAAUACGACAGGCGGGGACUUGCGAGUCCACUUCGCUGUAAACGACCUGACGCGCAAGUCACCUCAGCGUCUCCCUGAGGAACAGCAGCGAAUCUCUUCGCUCAUGACAGAUGCACUUGAAAUCACAUGUGGGUGGCAUUCACCGAUCAAGUCUGAUUGGCGGAUAGCAUACAUGAGCUCCGCUUUGACUCAUAACUUUAGGCUUUAGUGCUCAACUAUUCUCGUACAUGUAUGGCCAAUCAGAAAUCGAGGACAAAACACACUGCGGUGAUCAUUUAAAGCUCAUUUCCCAUGUCUUCCCAACUUCGCGUGUUGGUAUGACUGGCUGGAUUAGUGUGCAUGCGUCCUGGCGCGACCGUUGGUGGAUACUUUAUGCAGGUUUUCAAAAGAAAAAUCAUGUGGCCGUAUUCCAUCCUCGGAUAGAGAUGGGUCGACUAACGCUGAGUCCCCCUAAACGUUGCGUGAUCCCCACCAUUACCCAACUGAGGAGGGUGGAUGUAUGAGUGCUGCGUCGCUGGAAUUGAAAACCACCCACGCCUAAAUUCCAGCCUUCCUAACCCGAGAUAAGAUUGUAAUUGGCUGAUAACAUUACAUUAUCCAAAAAUAACCACUAUCUUCUUGCUUAACAGCGCUGGCAGGCUUCCCGUCAUGUUAAACAGUCCUACUUUGGCGUAGACGCUAUCACCGUAGUUUUUAAGGCUACUAUCGGGUCUGCAAAGAAUGUAAGAAAGCGAAAGUUUCUGCUGUCGUAUGGACUGGCUUGCAAGGGGCAAAUUUCCCGAACCUCCCUGCCCGGGUCUGCGCAAUGCACCGAAAACGUUCUGACACCGACAGCUGAGGACUUGCGGGAGACCUAUUCGAGAGCAUACUACCUGACGUUUACAAAACAAGACCAACCCGUUUCCGUUUCUCAGUUCGUCUCCAGAAAAUUGAUUUAUUCACAAUAUUGCCAAAUAUAAUCCGGCCCAAGACUCUAUAUUUACACUUACGUUUGUAACGGCACAAAUGCUCUAAUAAGAUUUGACUUUGGCGCCGUGUUCGAGGGGCUCUGCUGAACUGGUGCCUAAAGAAUAAGCGUAAAAUCUACAUUCCAAAGGGCCAUUUAGUUGUUUAAUUUUAAAAUCAAGCACUUCGUAUCAGAUGCCGAGAAAACAGACUAUAAAACACUGAGGGUGAACCUUUCAUAUCAGUAAACGUCUGUUUGUUCUUACUCCAUAAACCGACACGCUGCUUCAAUAAAGUCGCCGUCGGACUAGGGAGCGGCUUCUGGGACUGUCGCGACUACUAUCAAAGGGAUGUUUUAUUGGAUGUCUGAAAUAAAAGGUCUGAUUGCCCAAAAAAGGCUCGACAGCUUAUCUUGGAAAUUUUCGCAAAUCACAGACAUAAGAGAGAGGUUUGUUGAGCAGUUAACUCAGACAAAAGUGUUGUUUUUUUAGUGUCUGAAGAGGGAUUCGAUGUUUCUAAAAUUAACGGUAAGGGCAAACGUCAUUUGGAAUGAAUAGUCUAAUGUGAAAACCUAACGAGUAGCAAGAGGGGACAAGUUUUUGUUCGGUGGCAUUCACAUCUACUAGUUCGGCUUGUUAAGGCUGAAGUUUAUUCUCGAAAAGGGUGUUGUAAUUAGUAUAAUCAAGCCAUCAGUGAGAAUAUGAAGGAACAAGAAAAAAAUUGAAUACUUACCUACGGUUCCUCCUGACAGUAACGGCUCAGGCAUUAACUUACUUCCUCCGGUGAAGUUUUCCUCCAUUCUCACGCCAUUUUUUCGCGAGUUUUAGUUAAGCCACCGCGUCGUUUUUUGUCUCGUUGCAGUACCUCCGCCCACUAAAAGACAGCCUCAGGGGAUCUGGUUACUCAACGUAAACAAGGUCGAAUAGCGUUGGCAAAAGUCUGACGUUUAAAGACCAAUAACUGAUUUUCAAGCAAAACUAUUUUGCCACCGUAAUUUGGUUUAUUUUAAAUGUACACGUACGGAAAGAAUUUCGCCAAUUCACUUGUUUAAGUUCUAAAUAAGUUUUUGGAAUCCUCAUAUCGUCAAGAUCAUUUUCGUUGCCGUACCUGGCAGGGGUCAGGGGUUGAAAUUAGGGGUAAGGGUUAGAGGUUCGGGGUAGGGGUUAGGGAUUAAGAUUAGGGGUUGUAGGCUAAGGUUAGGGGUGAGGGAUUAAGGUCAGCGGUAAAAGUUAGUGGCCGAUUCACUUGUUUCCGUUCUAAAUGAGGUUUUGGAAUUCUCAUAUCGUCAAGAUCAUUUUCGUUGCCGUACCUGUUAGGGGUGAGGGUGUAGGGUUGGGGGGGUAGAGAUUAGGGGUAGGGGUAAGGGAUUAAGGUUAGGGGUGAGUGGUUAAGGUUAGGGGUCGAGGUUAGGAGUUAGGGUUAGGCGUCAGGUUGGAACUUGUCUACUGCAGAUACGGCUACAAAAUGAGAUCCGACUCUCAUAUCUCCCAAAAUGUAAAUAAUGGCGAAGGCCAUACAGUGCGCGACUAAUCUCAUUAAAAGGUUGGCCAAAAUUGUGCAAUGCGUUUCCGAUUAGGAAGGAUUACUUAAGUAGGGUUGUAAUACUGAUUAUCUUGCAACAUAACCCUAUAACAUUUCGGACUUGCCAGGAUAUCGGCUUUCGAAUGCACUUCUGUUUGACCUCCUGCAGCAAUCACACUCGAUAAUAAAUGACUACUUAUGUAGCAUACAUUUUUCCCACUUUUUUUGAUGGUCUUAUAAAUUCAAAUAUAUUUUACAGAAAACAUGCACAAAAUAAGCUUUCUUUUUCUCUUUUGGUAGGAAAUCAAAUUGAUUUUGUAUUUUAUGCCCGAAGAAAUUGUAUAUUCAGGUUUUGAAGAAGUUUCCUAAUUCCUGAAUAAUUUUCCACAUGAUCUGUCAUUACAUCAGCGUUUAGCGAUUGCAUUCUACAAGGUGCAUGCUUUCCGCGUAAGGAAAAUCAUAUAUUUCUCUAUGCAUUUAAGAAGAUACUACAUAGAGUUCCUGAAAUUUUGUAAUGGAGUCGGACUAUGUUGUACAUUUCAUGAGGAGCAUUAGUAAUCGAACAUGUGGGGUCUUGCAUGCAUGGACAUUGCACGGUCUUAAAAAUGUUGUAAUUAUAAAACUUUUUAAAACCAAAAUAUACACUUUUGCAGGCAUAAAAUAUGAAGAAAAUGUGUGUUCCUACCAAAUGAGCAAAAUAAAACAUAAUUUUGUGCAUGUUUUCUGUAAACUAUAUUUAAAUUUAUAAGACCAUCGAAAACCAAUAGGAAAAAUGCAUGCUACUUAAGUAGUCAUUUCUUACCCAGUGUGAUUUCUGCAGGAGUUCAAACAGAAUUGCAUUAAAAAGCCGAUAUCCUGCCAAGUCUGAAAUGUGAUAGGAUUAUGCUGCAUGAUAAUCAGUAUAACAACCCCGCUUAAGUAAUCCUUACUAAUCGGAACUGCAUUCCAGAAUUCUGGCCAUCAUUUCAUGAGAUUGGUCACGCACUGUAUUACCGGACAAGUAUUCAUGGACAUUUUGAGGUAAUCGUGGUAGCCUUCAUGCGCGCUGUUUUUUGUGUCAGGGUGUCUUAAAAACUCGGGAUUGGCAGAUGGGUCGCCGAAUCGAGCCACGGGGUUGGGUAUGGCUGGCUGAUGGUGAGUAACAUGCCAGAAAUAGUCCAUUACAGCCUUCCCUCUCUUUGAUGACAAUAGUAUUAUGAACAGACAGCGCCACGGGAGCAGCGGGGCACGAAGACGUGAAAUCUAAUCUGGAAUUUCCAAUCACGCACGUUGUUUUCCAUCACAGAUGUCUCUGCGAGUCGUCAGCCUAUGAGUGGAAAGCGGAAUCCGGCGGUCUUGCUGACGGUGUCUUCCCACGCUGUAAUCCUCUGCCUGAAUUUCUCAAAACUCUACGUGAUGGCGAAGACAACUCCACCAUAGCCUGUACAAAGGAAGAGAUUUCCACCUUCUGCAAUGAAAACGGCACGUCAGCGUAAGUAUGCCUCGCACGCGUUUUGCUACACUGGGUGCCUGUAACCUCUGGACUGACGGUGUUUGUUAAAUCCCCUAGGUGCUAUUACAAAGUGAAUAGGACGUACGAGGGACCCUCUGAGGAGACAGCCGUCCAAUUCAUAAAGCUCUCUCCGUGGCCAGUGUGUCGGUGCAAGGAAGCCUACGGCGGACAGGCAUGCGAGCGCCCUCGUGACUCCUGCAACGACCCCCUCGACCUUACCGACCAUCCGGAACUGAAGGCAGUGAUUGAGACGUUGCCCGAUGUGCCACUCGUCCUCACCGGUAACUGGCUCUGCGACGACCACCUAAAGGAUUCCGCCUGCAUAGCCGAACCCGCCUUCUUCGGUAAUACAGUUUAA